UAUCCAACACCGGUUUAUUCCCGAGACCCGCGAGGUUGCCCUUCACCGCCAUGCGCGACCCCGCCGUCACCCGCUCCUCUCGGCAGCUCCACUAUAUAAGCCGGCCUCUCGCUUUCGAGUAGUAUUCUCACACGAUCCUCACACCGACAACAUGAAGCUCGUGCUCUUCUCCUGCCUGCUGGCUUUCGCCGCAGCUGCCCCUCGCCCUGAGUCGAGCGCCGAGACUAUUGUAGACGAACGCAGCGACGCUGGUGAUGGAAAUUUCAACUACCGCUUCGAGACUACAAAUGGCAUCGCCGAACAGAGGACUGGAGUGCCAGGGUCUGCGGGCCAGAGCAACAUGCAGGGAGCCUACAGCUUCACCCUUCCCGACGGUUCCCGCCUGGAGCUCACCUUCGUCGCCGACGAGGGAGGAUACCGGCCAGAGUCCAGCGCUCUCCCCGUGGCUCCCCCCGUGCCCGCCCAUGUGCUGGAAACUCUCGCCCUCGUCGACGAGCUGGUGCGUCAGGGCGCCACUUGGGACGACCAGGGCAGGAGAAUCACCCGCAGGAAGUAAAUCACCGACGACCCUCCAUCGCAUCCCGGCCGCCCACACAGACCCCGGCGCUGCCCCUUAACAACCUUCCUGUACAUAUUGUCCUUGAUAGCUAUGCCUACCCUGCCAUCCAUAUCCUUCAAUAAACUGCGUUAACUAUUA